UGCAAGUGGUCAAAACUCAAAAGCACUAAAGGCCAUCACAACCCACUCCUCCACCUCUCUAGUCUCUCCCCCACAAAUGCAGUUGAAAACGUCAAGACAAAUUCCUUUGUGUGCUCUGCAAGUCUGCCAUGUAUUAUAAACUAGAAAUAUAUCACCACUUCCAAAAACAUCCAAACCCACAAAUAAGUUUAGCCAAAAUGGAAAGCCAAAAUAGCAAUCUAAAACAACUUCCUCCAGUGGCAGUAGUGAUUGUACCACUUCCAGCACAAGGCCAUCUUAACCAACUCCUUCACCUCUCUCACCUCAUCACCUCCUACGACAUACCCGUCCAUUACGCAGGUUCCACCACGCACAACCGCCAAGCGAAACUCCGUCUUCAUGGUCGGGACACACAAAGUUUAACCAAAAUACACUUCCAUGACUUCCAACUUCCUCCUUACCACUCACCCCCUCCAAGUGUAGACAUCUCUGCCCCUUCUCCUGAGCACUUCACCGCACUCUUUGAGGCGUCUACGCAUCUUCGGGAGCCCAUAUCUCAACUCUUGCACCAACUCGCGCAAAAGUUUAAUCGAGUUGUAGUCAUUCAUGAUAACCUUAUGGCCUAUGUGGUUCAAGAUGUGAAGCUCAUCUCAAAUGCUAAAGCCUUCACCUUCAUUCCGAUUUCGGCCUUUUCCAUGUUUUCAUACUCAUGGGAAAGCAUACCUGAGGAAGUCAAACUGUUACAGCUAGAUUCAGAAGAGAUCCCCGACAAUAUUCCUACUCAUGAAGGGUGUGCAACGAAAGAAAUGUUGGAGUUUGCAACGAAACAAAUAGAAUGUCUUGGGUUCGAGUCAGGGUGGAUUUACAACACCUCCAGAGCUAUAGAAGGCAGAUAUGUCACUUUGUUGGAUAAGCUAUAUUCGAGUAAAUCACAGAUAAAACACUUUGCAAUAGGACCGUUUCAUCCGGUGAAUAUCGAAAACAAAAGCAGUGAAAACAGACAUCAAUGCCUAAAAUGGCUAGAUGAACAAGAGAAAUGCUCAGUGAUUUAUGUGUCUUUUGGAUCAUCAACAUCAUUCACAGAUGAACAGAUUGAAGAGCUGGCAAACGGGUUGGAACGAAGCGAGGUGAAGUUUCUAUGGGUGCUCCGAAGAGCUGACCCUAAUGACGUUUUUGAAGAAGCUGAUAGAGUAAAAAAGGCUCAACUUCCAAAAGGGUAUGAAGACAGAGUGAAAGACAGGGGAAUGAUAGUUAAGGAUUGGGCACCACAGCUUGAAAUAUUAGCACAUCCGUCGACUGGCGGGUUUAUGAGUCAUUGUGGGUGGAAUUCAUGUAUGGAAAGUAUGAGUAUGGGUGUGCCGGUUGCGGCGUGGCCGAUGCAUUCUGAUCAGCCAAGGAAUGCGGUUUUGUUGAGCGAGGUGCUUAGAAUUGGUAUAUUGGUGAGAGAUUGGGCACAUCGUGGCGAGGUUGUGAAAUCAAGUACUAUAGAGAAUGUGGUGAAGACAUUGAUGGUAACAGAAGAAGGCAAAGAGAUGAAGAAAAGGGCUGCAGAGUUGGGUGAAAGUGUUAGAGGAUCAGUUGCUGAAGGUGGUGUGAGUUGUUUAGAGAGGGACUCUUUCAUUGCCUAUAUCUCUGGAUAACGCAACCUUGUGUGUGUCUUUAUAUGCUUUUAUUAUCAUUCUAUCUGCAAGUCACGUUGAAAAAAUCUUGUUGAGGUAUAGUUAUUUAUUUGAUUUUUGGCCUAGUUGGUUUAGAUUGGAUUGUUUUCAAUUUGUGUUAUAAUAUCGUGGUACUAGUUUUGUUGUUUCAA